UGGGUGAUUUAUGUGGACGUGUUGCUGCUGUAUCACACUGAUCUCUCUGACUGACCAUGGAGAGCACAGGCAAGAUCCCCAACUCUGGAACAAACAUUACAAACAACAAUGAGUUGAGAAUCGUGAUGGUGGGGAAGACUGGGAUUGGGAAGAGUGCUACUGGAAACACCAUUCUGGGUCGAUGGUGCUUUGAAUCCAAAUGCAGCGCCAAAUCCAUGAGUGUAAACUGCUCUAAAAGCUCCAGUGAUGUGGAUGGACAGCAGGUUGCUGUCAUUGAUACUCCAGGUCUGUUUGACACCAGGUUUGGAGAAGAUAAAACCAGAAAAGAUCUUGGUCAGUGCAUCAACUUUUCUGCUCCUGGACCCCACAUCUUCCUGGUGGUUGUUGCAAUCGGCAGAUUUACAGCAGAAGAAAAACAGACAGUUGAAAAGAUUCAAGAAAUCUUUGGAAAGGCAGCAGACAGAUACAGCAUGGUUCUGUUUACUCGUGGAGACGACCUUGAAGGCACCAUCGAGGAUUAUUUGUCUGAAAGCCCAGAUCUCCAGUAUCUGGUGUCCAAAUGUAAUGGCCAGUAUCAUGUCUUCAACAAUCGGCUGAAAGAUAAGAAACCUCAGGUCACUGAGCUGCUGAAGAAGAUCAGAACCAUUGUUGACAGGAAUGGAGGAAGUCACUACACCAAUGAGAUGUUCCAAGAGGCUGAGAGGAAAAUCGAAGAGGAGAAACAACGAAUCCUGAAGGAGAGAGAAGAAGAAAUACGUAAAGAGAAAGAAGAAGUGGAGAAAAAAAUACAAGAGAAAUAUGAGAAAGAGAUGGAGAAAAUGUAUAAGCAAAUCCAGGCUGACAGAGAGAGAGAGAAGAAGGAGAGAGAGGAGGAGAAGAAGAGGGAGAGAGAAGAAAUUAAUGAGGAGAGGAGGAGGGAGAAGGAGGAAAUGAAGAAAGAAUUAAACGGUCAGCUGGAGGAGAUUGAAAUCAUGAAAAAGCAACUACAGGAAGAGCCAGAGAGAGAAUUUGAAAGGCAGAUGUCUAAUGAAAAGGCAAAGGAGACAAUUGAGGUGUUGUGCUUCUGCAUCGAACAACAGAGGGAAACCCAGCUUAAGGUGCUUGAUUUAGAGUCCCGUUCCAGAAGAAACAACGUACGUGUCUUUGGGGUGCCAGAAGGUCAGGAGGGGAACUCCACUACACAGUAUAUUGAGACGCUUUUGAGAAGCCAGCUACAACUACCGGAGGACCUUGACUUGAAAAUACAGCGAGCACAUCGCACUCUGGCAGGAACCCGCACAUAUUCCAGCGCUCGGGAAGCCUACAACGAGCUGAAGAGACCCAGAAUCCAGGUAGAGGAACCGGCGACAGCCGACGGUGGUUCCAGAGCGGAGUCGAGUCUUCGGGAGCUACUGGGUUGGCAGCCGGCGAAUGAAAGCGGUGCUGCGGUGGCACCGAGAGCGGAGAACAAGCUGCAGAACUUCCAGCGGAGCAUGUCCGAGUGA